AUGUACGACCUGAACGGCAACGGGUACAUAUCCAGGCAGGAGAUGCUGGAAAUCGUCACGGCCAUCUACAAGAUGGUGGGGUCCGUGAUGAAGAUGCCCGAGGACGAGAGCACGCCGGAGAAGCGCACCGACAAGAUCUUCCGCCAGAUGGACCGCAACAAGGACGGCAAGCUCAGCCUCGAGGAGUUCAUCGAGGGCGCCAAGAGCGACCCCUCCAUAGUGAGAUUACUGCAGUGCGAUCCGCAGGCGCAGUAG